AACCACAUCUGGUAACACUGCUGGUCGUCUCGAGUGGCUCAGCUGUUCUCUGUCUUGGUGAAGUGGAAGUGGAGGAAGAAAUUGUACGAAAAUGGCAUCGAAAGCUGCAAAACCUUCUCUAUUGAAGAGUGUAGUGAAUCGUGGUUUUGCAGCUCAGGCCGCAGCUCAGCAGUCUUCGUAUACUUUGCCCCAACAUAAUUCUAAGGUGACCACCCUUCCAUCUGGCACAGUUGUGGCAUCAUUAGAGAAUAAUGCCCCAGUUUCACAUGUUGCACUCCUCUUCAAGGCUGGAUCACGUUAUGAGUCUGCAAGCAACCAAGGGGCAGCCCACAUGCUGCGUGCGUGUGCUGGUCUGGCAACUAACAACACAACAUCCUUCGCAAUCACUCGUACUAUUCAGCAGGCUGGUGGAUCCCUCUCGGCUGAAUCUGGGCGAGAACAUAUACUCUAUGGUGUAGAUGUGAUCCGUGACAACCUAGAUGCUGGCCUUGAAAUCCUUCGUGAAGUGGGUACUCAGCCAGCCUUUAAACCCUGGGAAAUUAAGAGUUGUGUUGGACGCAUCAAGAAUGAACUUGCUUUACGGGAUCCAUCCAUCAUUGCUGUUGAGCUCCUUCACAGUGCUGCCUUCCGCAACACUGGUCUGGGCAACUCCAUCUUCCUGCCAUCUCAUAAUGUUGGCAAACUGAACUCAGAUAUGCUUUCUGGUUAUGUAGCUUCCACCCAUUUGACCAGUCGCAUGGCAGUGGUUGGUUUAGGUGUUGACCAUGAUGCGUUGGUUUCCUAUGCCAGUGGUCUCAAUGUACCUAAUGGAGAAGGUGAAGCUGGAGCUGCUGCUUAUGGUGGGGGAGAAAUUCGCCAGGAGAAUGGAGCAUCUGUUACAGUGGUGGCUGUAGCUAGUGCUGGUGCCAGUAUUGGUGACAGUGAUGCAGCAGCCCUGGCUGUAGCACAACAGAUUCUUGGUGUUGGCCCGAGCACUAAGUAUGGAAGCAAUGCCAGCAGUGUACUGUCUAGUGCUGUGGCAUCUUCAGGCGGUGUUGGCAUGGCAUCAUCAAUCAAUAUUAAUUACAGUGAUGCUGGCCUCUUUGGCUACUUUGUCAUUGCUGAUCCAACCUCUGUUGACAAG